AUGACGGACAACGCGGAGCUUGAGUCGUUUUCGUCGCGAGUGGCGCGAGGAAGUUUCUCGUCGAUCAAAGCCAAGUCCACUGCGUCCGCCCCUCCAUCCGCUGCGCCCGCCCCGCCCCGACUGCCUCUGUACCAUGAAGCUUCUCACCGCAAAGAUUUGGAGGAAGAGGGGGAGGGGGAAGAGGAAGAGGAAGAUGGACCCCCACCGGCCGCUUUUGAUCCGGAUGGGCUGGCACAGCAGGUUGGAGAGCUGAGUGUGAACUCAAGAAAGAAAGAGGAGGAAGAUAUCUUCAUCCGAGGAGAGGAGGAGGAGCCCAACUCAGCCUUGGAGCACUUCGAGCGGGCGGUUGAGAAGGAGGCUGCAGGAAAUCUUGGUGACAGCCUCCAGCACUACCGCAGGGCAUACCGACUCGACUCAGCCGUCGAUAAGACCUACCGCAAUAAGCACUAUUCCCAUGUGUGGAAGAAGCCCGCCCAGCCCCCUCCCAACGAGUCAACUGCAGUGCCCGUGACGGCCCCAGCCCCUGCUGCUGCUGCUGCUGCUGCUGACGCCGAGAAUCAUUCUACUGCCGAACUGAUCGCUUCAUUUGCUCAUCUACCCAUCCCGCAAGCCGAGCCCUUGAUUGAAAACACCCCACCGCCCCCAUGUCCUAUCGCGAAAGUCCCCUCGGAGGUAUUGAUCGAGAUACUAAGACAUGUUGCUGUGCGGGAUCCUGCGACCUUCGGGCGAAUGGCCUUGGGACCCCUUUUGGAGAUUCCGCAGCCGCUAUCCUCCUGGAGCCAGGUGUUCCAGUCCUACCCACGAAUCCGAUUCACGGGUAUCUACAUUAGCACGGUUAAUUAUAUGCGACCCGGAGCGGCCUCGGUCUUCCAGACCGUCUCAUGGAAUAGUCCCAUCCAUAUUGUGACGUACUAUCGCUACCUACGCUUCUAUCCAGACGGAUCAGUGGUCUCACUACUUACGACAACCGAGCCAGUGGAUGUCGUACCGCACAUCAGUAAAGAGAACAUGAUGGCCGCAAGGGCUAUCAAAAAGGGUGGCCACCAUCUACGGGCUUCCGAGAUUGCCAAGGCCCAACCCGGAACAGCAGACUACGUUCCUCCAGUUGCCAUGGAUGCGCUGAAAUACUGCCUUCACUUCUCCCCUAGACCAGGCCAGGAACCUACAUCAACUGAUCCUCGCAAUCUUGUCGUUGAGACGGAGGGGCCGGCCUCACACUACGUCUACAUGAUGCAUCUGGCACUGCGAUCGCCGACAGCAUCAAAGUCGCACGUGAACCCGUCGAAGAAUACCAAACUUGUUUGGCAGGGAUUUUGGAGCUACAAUACGAUAACUGACGAUCUAGGCGAGUUCACUCGUCGUAAUGACCGGCCAUUCGUGUUUCGCCGAGUUAGAGGCUGGGGGCUGCAUUGA